AACCAAACAAACAACAAAAAAAAAGAGUCUCCGCCCCGUGUUUCCCCGGCUGCCCCAGCAACACCAUCCCCGCGCGUGACGUCAGCCCCCAGCUCGGUCCAAGGCGAGCCUGCCAAAAGGCUGCCCAUUCAAAGUGCUUUGGCAGCCGUCGGAGCUGGAGAGCGAGAAGCGAGCGCUGCUGCCUGCUUCUCCCGGUUGCCCACGCCUCGUCUAGCGUUUCCUCCCAGCCUUGCCUAUCCCAGCAGUCGAUUCAGCAGGGGAGGCUUUGCAAAGGUCCCGCUGAGCAUCCCCCGGAGAGAGAGUCACAGAGGAGGGGGGGAAAAAACAUCCCGUCUGUGGUCCUUCCUUACCUUCUUGCGAGGCGCUCUUUUCGCUUCCUCCGGCUCCCAGGCGAGGAUGCUGAAGGCGUCGUGGCUGCGCGAAGAGGCGAAGGAGGGCAGGCUCCGCUCCUCCUGAUGAUAUUUAUUUAUUGAAGAGGUGGAAGAGGAUAUGAUGCUUCCUUUGGAUUUUCCCUUCCCUGAAAUAGAGGUGCAAAAAUAAUAAUGCUGGAAUAGGUUUUAGAAAAGAUUGAGUGAAGAGAGCAAAGAAGGUCAAAAGGUUUACAGCAGCAAGGUCUACAGUCAUCAAACAUGAGGUGAGAGAAGUGGAGUGGACUUCAGUUCCCACCCCCAAUAACCAUCUAUGUCAGGUUUGCCUGUCCGCGCAGAAGCUGGGCUGGACGGAGCAUAAAGAUGCUGAAGGGUGCUUGGCUGCUCAGUGUCUUCACAGUGGCUGGGAUCUGGCCGACAGAGAGCCGCAAGCCUGCCAAAGACAUUUGCAGCAAGAGCCGCUGCCCUUGCGAGGAGAAGGAGAACGUGCUGAACAUUAAUUGCGAAAACAAGGGAUUUACGACCGUCAGCCUCCUCGUGCCGCCACCAUCCAAGAUCUGCCAGCUCUUCCUCAAUGGCAAUGCCUUCACUCGCCUCUACCCAAAUGAGUUUGUCAACUACUCCAACGCGGUGACCCUGCACCUGGGCAACAACGACAUGCAGGAGAUCCGAGCUGGGGCCUUUGUAGGCCUUCGGACCCUUAAGAGGCUACACCUCAACAACAACAAGCUGGAAACCCUACAAGAGGACACUUUCCUAGGCUUGGAGAGCCUGGAGUACCUUCAGGCUGACUACAACUACAUCAGCGCCAUCGAGGCCGGGGCUUUCAGCAAGCUCAACAAACUGAAAGUCUUGAUCUUGAAUGACAACCUCUUAUUGUCACUGCCCAGCAACGUUUUCCGUUUUGUCCUGCUAACCCAUUUGGACCUCAGAGGGAACAGGCUGAAGAUGAUGCCAUUUGCUGGAGUCCUGGAACACAUUGGAGGCAUCAUGGAAAUCCAGCUGGAGGAGAAUCCAUGGAACUGUACCUGUGACCUCCUGCCUCUCAAGGCUUGGCUGGACACCAUCACUGUCUUUGUAGGGGAGAUAGUCUGCGAGACCCCGUUCCGGUUGCAUGGCAAAGAUGUCACCCAACUCACAAGGCAGGAUCUUUGCCCACGAAAAAGUGCAGGUGACUCCAACCAGAAGGAGAAGCAUUCCUCCCACUCUGACACACACGCCCAGAGAUUUCCCCCAACCACUAAUUCUGCCGUUGGUGCCACCAGAGCCCCAAAAUCCAGUCGCCCACCCAAAACAAGGAAUCGCCCAACUCCACGGGUCACAGUGUCUAAAGACAGGCAGAUCUUUGGGCCUAUCAUGGUUUACCAGACCAAGUCCCCUGUGCCACUCACUUGCCCAAAUGGCUGCGUCUGCACUUCUCAAAGCUCUGACAGUGGGUUGAAUGUCAACUGCCAAGAGAAAAAAAUUGGCAACAUCUCUGAUCUCCACCCAAGGCCCAGCAGUCCAAAGAAACUCUAUCUCACAAGUAAUUACUUACAAACUGUCUACAAAACAGAUCUCUUGGAAUACAGCUCAUUGGAUUUGUUGCAUUUGGGAAACAACAGGAUUGCAGUGAUUCAAGAAGGUGCCUUCUCUAACCUCACCAGUUUACGCCGACUCUAUCUCAAUGGUAAUUACCUUGAGAUCCUGUACCCUUCCAUGUUUGAAGGGCUGUAUAGCCUGCAGUACCUCUAUUUAGAGUAUAACGUUAUCAAGGAUAUCCUGCCACGUACCUUUGAUGCCCUGGGGAACCUUCACCUGUUAUUUCUGAACAACAAUCUGCUGAGAUCCCUGCCUGACAAUGUGUUUGGGGGCACAACCCUGACCAGACUCAACCUGAGGAACAACCAUUUCUCAUACUUGCCAGUGCGAGGGGUCCUUGACCAGCUUUCAGCUCUGAUUCAGAUUGACCUCCAAGAAAACCCUUGGGAUUGUACUUGCGACAUCAUGGGGCUGAGGAACUGGAUUGAAAGAGUCACAGAGCAAAACAACCAGCAGCUGGGGACCCCCGUUGUUAUUAAUGAAGUCAUCUGUGACUCUCCAACCAAGCAUGCUGGAGCACAUCUCAAGACCUUGAGCAAGGAGGCCAUCUGCCCUGAGAACCCCAAUCUGUUAGAUUCUUCUUUUCUGUUGCCAAAUCUGAACACAGACAUACCACAGGCCUUCAGUAUUUUUCCCAGCUCCUAUCCAGAAAUACGUACUGAAGUCCCUCUUUCUGUCUUAAUUUUGGGCCUUCUGGUCGUGUUUAUUUUGUCUGUCUGUUUCGGGGCUGGUCUGUUUGUCUUUGUUCUCAAACGUCGCAAGAGUAUGCCAAGCGUUCCCAGCAGUGCCAACAAUCUUGACGUAAGCUCCUUCCAGUUGCAGUAUGGGUGCUACAAUAGCGAGGCGCACGAUAAAGCAGAAGGGCAUGUGUAUAAUUAUAUCCCACCUCCUGUCGGCCAGAUGUGCCAGAACCCCAUCUACAUGCAGAAAGAAGGAGACCCGGUGGCUUACUAUAGGAAUCUCCAUGAGUACAGCUACAGUAAUCUCGAGCCUAAGAAAGAAGACUCUGCCAGCCUAGCAUUUACAAUCACUGCAGCAGAAAUGCUGGAGAAACAGGGCUUUUCAAGGGAACCGGAGCUGCUAUAUCAAAACAUAGUGGAGAGGGUCAAGGAGCUGCCGAGUGGAAGCCUGGUCCAUUAUAACUUUUGCACCCUCCCCAAAAGACAGUUCACACCUUCCUAUGAGUCAAGGCGACAAAACCAGGACAGGAUAAAUAAAACAGUUUUGUACGGGACUCCCCGGAAAUAUUUUUCAGAGCAAUCCAAACCUGAACUUCCUUUAUUGCAAGAGAAACUACAGACUGAACCAGACUACCUCGAAGUUCUGGAAAAACAAACUGCCAUAAGUCAGCUGUGAAGUGGAGCCAGGGUUGGGGAAGGCUGGGCUGAGGAUUCAUUUGCUGGGGGAAGAAGCCUUUUUUAAAAAAAGAGAAAGAAACAAAUGAAAGAAAGAAGGAAACACUAACCCAAUUCCGAACUUGACAGACCAAGGCAAUGUGUCAAAUCCUCAAGAGUUUCCACAUUUUAAAUUCUCAAACAACCCUUCUACAACGCCAGGGCUAUGAUGGGUGCUUUUCUUUUUCUGCUAUGUCCCUUUUAAGUUAUUGCUUGGAUUUCUCCACAUCCCAUCCCUCAGCCCUUUGGGAACUGAGGCUGAACCUUAAUGUUUUUACUGGAGCAGUUUUGCCUACAUUUCUUUCCGGGGUGGGGGUGGGGACAUAGGACAGUGAAAGGAUGCUGGGGGGAAGUUUCCCCCCUCCCAUACACUUGAAAGGGAAUAGAUAUUCUCCAAAAAUUCUCUCCUCCCCAGACUUAGACCGUUUCUUCUCUCCCCCCCUUUUUUUUGUAAAUAAUAUUGUCAGUACAGCUCUUUCAAUUACCAAGUGCAGCCACAGGGCGUCACUUCUUUUUUCCUUUCCCUUUUUGGCAUUAAAGUGCCUUUGCACUUUAAGUACCUUAUUACUUAAGUGUUGCGCUUAGCUUUGAGAAACCUGAAUCUAUUUUAAUGUGUUGUGUAAUUUUUUCUUUUUGAAAUUAUUUUAAAAAGAAGGAAAUGUAAAAAAUAGAUCUCUUACGUGUCGGCUGCAUUCAGCUGAAAGGGGCUGCUGUUUCACUGACAGCAAAAAUCAGCCCGUCUUUGUUAAGUGAUCCUAGUUCAAAGGCUUUUUUAAAAAUAGACUGAAUUGUAAAUUGUGUAAGUUUCACUCUUUCCCAGCCCCCAUCAACAUCUUCUCCCCUCCCCAUGUCAGGUUUGUUAUUUUUUACCUGGAAGAUUGCAGUCAGCUAAAAAAUUACCAGUGGGUUGGGGCGCUCUGCUGCCCCAGUUGGGAGUGAUAGUUCAUUAAUAAAAAGACAUUUAACAUGAUAAGGACCCUAUUCAACCAAUAUCCCAUCUUUGCUACACUGCAGCUCCUAACACCAUUGUAGUGUUCAGUGUUUUCAUUUUCCCCCUCCCCAGGUUAUUUGCCUAAUUAAGAGACAUUACUCUCUACCUGUAAAUAUUUUUUUCUGCAGUAAAAUUAGAUAUUUUUAUACGUUUAAUGACAGGAGUUUACCUUACUGGAGGAUAAAAUUUAAACUGCGGGGGAGGGGCAUCUUCAUCCCCCCUUUUCUUUCCAGGCAUAAUAUUUUAUUUAUGCUAAGCAUGUCUACCAGUAGGUAUUUCCAUAUAUCACCCUGAAUAAGGAAAGUGCUUGUUUAAUCUUGGACAACCUUGCAGAGGAUUUUCAGCGUCUGGAGUAGAACUGGAUUAAAAUCCCUUUCCCUGCAGAAAACCUACGGAGUGUCCUGGGUCUAAUUCCUUUGUGUUAGAUUUUACUGAAUCUAAAUACGCACACCCUGUCAUCCAUACACAUCAGAAAAAUGAGAAGGAAUUAACAUAUAUCCAAGGCAGCAAUUCUGUAUUCCUGGGAGGGUAUACCAGGGGUCAGUAGGUCUGCAUCCAAUGUUGGUCUUACUCAGAGCAGGCCCAUUGAACUCAAUGCGCAUGCCUAACUGUGGCCCACUAAAUUCCCUGAGGAGAAUUUAGUUGAACACCAACCUCCCAUAAGGAUGUUCUGGGUUGAUUUCUUUGAAGGGAAAGUGAGAGGGUGAGAGGUCUGCUUACAGAGACAAGAGAUCUUACCUCAGCAGGCCUCUCUCCUCACCACUGCAGGAUAGUAGAGGCAAAAGGGGUAAUCCCUUUUCUCAAGGGCUGGAUCAGGGAUCCUUGUAUCCAAAACCUUCCCAUUCUCCACACACACCUCUGAAAGCCUACACCAAUUGCUCCAGUUAGAAAUGCAUGAAAAACACAUAGAUUCUCCCAGUACUGGCAUGCUGCUGUGUGCUGUUUGGAGAACUUGGGUCCCCCUGUCUCACUUUCCCACCUAUACCAAAUUAUCUAGAACUAAGCCUCAUUGAACUCAAUGGGCUUUACUUUGGUGUUGCCUUGGCAAGACUUGUGCUGUUAAUUGGACAGAAGAAAUGACCAAACUCUUCAGAACAUACUAAGCUGCCUCACAAGGAGUCAGACCAUUGGUCCAUCUGCCUCAGUACUAUCUACACUGGUCAGCUCUCCGGGCUUUCUGACAGGGGGCAUUCACAGCCUUCCAAGGAGAUGCUGGGGAUUGAACCUGGGACCUUCUGCAGGGAAAGGAGAUGCUCAGCAACGCAACUUCCCAACUGCUAACUUUUGCUUCUCAUGGUGAGGGUUCAGAUACAGCUAUAGAUAGAUAUAGGUGUCAGCUGGCGCAACAGUCCUCCCCACCCACUCCUCUCCUCACACAUACCCUAUGCCUUUCCAUAUAUGCUCUGGAUGUUUGGGGGGGGCAUAGAGCAGAUUUAGGAUGUGCACGGGGAGGGAAGGGGAAAGUUCCAUUCUGCAAGCAGAAAUCCUUGCACUGAGGGAAUACAUUCGUAAUUCUACAACUCAAUAGUAACAUACUGCUAUUAUCCCUGCCAUCAGCCUUGCAACGUAUAAAGACAGACCCACAAGGAAAGGACAGCGGAUGGAAAAGCUAGAGGAGGGCAAUCAGUUUCCCAGCGACAUAACACAUCAUUGAGCUAGAGGAGAGCAUCCAGUCCUACGCCAGGUUGAUCUUCCCUUGCUGGUGUUGCUGCCUGAGUAGCAGUUGGUGGCUCUUGUUCCUUUGUAUGGCAUAUGUAACUGGGGUGUGUGCUACAACCCAAAUGUCAGCAUCUAUUACAUUUUGUUGAUUCCCGUAAGAGAGAGUCACACAUUUGCUUAAUUCUCCCAAUAGCAUCAAAGGGUUCUGUUGGUAGGGAUGUGGAAAUCCAGAUGCCCAUCACCUCUAGCACCUGAAAAAUUGGCUGUGGUGCCACAGUCACUGCUGAGAACAGGAAGCAGGCCUGCCCUCCUCCAAGAGUGUUGCUAGGUUUUUAAAAGACUUAUUUCUCCCCCUUCUCCUUCCCAAUGACUUGCUCUUAUUUACAACAAAACCAGUCUUGUUCUGGUCCCUUGUGUAUAUUUGCUGCAGAUUUGCCCAUGAUACAGAUUCGCAUAGAAUGAGGAUAUACAAUGAUAUAUGCAAGUUAGGUCCCUGAGCAAACAGAUAUGGUGAAGUGUCUCACUGGAAGCAUGCUUUUCAGCAUGCCCUGCAACCAAGGAGGGACAGAAAUUCAGUUCACAUUUGAAGGUGAACCUACAUAAUUCUCAACUUUCUGAAAUGAUACAUGAACUGAAACUCAGCCAUCCCUCAAAAUUCACAGAUCACUGAAUUCUGCAAUGCAGUUCUCCAAUCAAGUAAUGUGCACAGAAAUGCAUUAUAUUAGAGAAAACUGCUUUGCAAAAGUUUUCUGUGUUGGGCAAAUUAUAUGUUUUUACAUAGCAAUUCGCACUAAAAUGCUGACAAAUUUUCAUGAGCAGGGGCAGUCAUGAACUGCUGCAGAAAUGUGGAGAACUGAAUUUGAUAUUGGAAAAAUGAGGAACCAAAAUUGAUAAGAUACACCUGUCCACAGCUGCAGCCCAGUGAUGCUGCUUUCUAUUGUAAGGGCAAUAAUACUAGUACAUGGGGACCCAGGGAUCAGCACUUACUGUAAGUCCCAAACCUUUGUCUUCCAUCCCUUAACACUACUCUCCACCUUUCCUUGUGUACUGUUCAGUGUGCAACCUGGUUGCCACAUUCCCCUUGCUUCCAUGUCCCUGUAGUCCCUGCAGUCCUGCCCACCUGUCAGAUUUGGCCAGUGGUGGAGCCAAAAAUGUUCUUCACCUCUGCACCAGUGGAAAAGUUCCCCAGUCAGAUGCUGUGACUUCCUGAGCCCAGCACAUCUCCAUUAAGCACUGCCUAGGAGGAAGAGGGGGAAGGACUGAACACAGCCUGGGAACACAGACACUCUCUCUCCUUUUUCUGGCACACUCGUACCUCCAUCUCUCAAUCUUCCAAGGCGGCUCCUGCAAAACCUACACAAAAUGCAAAACAAGCAAAGAAAAGCCAGGAGGAGAGCAUCCUAAUGCAUGAUAGAAAUUUGUUCCUACAUGUUUCAGGCUUGCUGUUCUCUAUCAAGGGCAAACAUCUUACCACUCAUAUCUUCCUUUUACUCUCCUCUAUCUUUACAUAAGCAUGAACUCUAUUUUCUAUAGGAUUUCUUAUUUUCAUCCUGUCAGCUCAUUGUUUCUAGCUGCUUAAAAAACAAGUUGGGAUAACUAACUCCAACAUUUUGCAAACAUAUUUGCAGGGAAAAAAAUAAUAUGAAUUUUAUUUGGGCCAUUUUUUUUUUAAGCCUAAUAUCAGUCCUUCUUCUCCACAUCUAUGCUUUGGUUUGUGUCUUCAGUUUAAUCUUUUUUCCUGGCUGCUUCAAACACCUAUUCAUUUCCUUAGAACACAGAACCUCAUGCAACUAACCAAAGCUUGAUAAUUCCUUAUUAGGCUCUAAAUCAUAUUUGCCUCCUUCUUAGGUGCAAACAUAAUUAUGGAAGUCCCCCCAAACCUUCUUCCCAACAAAUUGCUCUUAUUUACAACAAAACCAGUUUUGUUUUUGGUCCAUUGUAAAUCCUUAUGCAACUGGAAUGGUGCUCAGCAUAUAAAGUAGGGCAAGCCUUUCAAUUCCUUAUUAAAGCAAUUGAUGGCUUCUGAAAGGAGUCCACUGUUUCCUUUUCAUAAAUAGGUUACCGGACAUAAUAAUCCUUUUAUUAUCAUGCGGGUAGGGAACUGGACCCCGCUGGAUGGAAUUUUCAAGCUUUUGCAGUUACUGAUUAUAUCUUAUCUACCAACUGGGAACAAUCUUAAGCCACGAGAUUUUUUUGAUUAUAAAUGCUGGCAGUCAAAGCUGUUUUAAUUGGAGUGGUGCCAACAGGAAGUAGCCUUAUGUUAGGGCACAAAACACAGGCCUCGUGAGAGAGUCUGAUUUAUCAAGUGAUCUUCUCAUGGCUUAACGCGACAUCUACAUAAACACUCUCUUGAACAUAUCUUCUUCUUUGCAUUUGGAGUCCAGAAGACCCUCCCCAUUUGCAGCCCAUUAGAUUGACUUUAAUAAUGGAAGAGCUGGUUGGGGAAACAGUCCUCCAAACCCAUAUUGACUUCAAGAAGGAAAAUAGUACCCCAUUAGCAGAAGUUGGAGUACUAAACUGGAAUGGCAUCUGACCUUGAGUGAGCUCCUUGUUUGAGGACUUCUGAAAGCAUCUGAUAAGUGAUUCUGUCCUUGGGUUUAACAAAACAUAUUUCUCACUUAAAUAGCUUGAGAAAAACAGGUAGAGAAUGGUUUUAUAUAUAAGGCAUUGGGUGAGUCAGUUUUCUAUAUUUCUCCUUUCUGCAUUUAUUACUGUUGCUGUCUUAUGAGAGCAAUCCAAUUUUACAUAGAGAGUGUUUCAAGUAAACAUUUAUUUUUGCAAGA